UGGCUGGGUCACUGGGACAUUUCACAGAAACAAAAAUGUAUUUCCUGUGUAGACCCAAUUAAAAUACCUCUGGGGAAAUGUUUCAUGUGUUCUAAGGACCUGAAGCCAGAGCUACCCAACUGGGUAAGGAAUGAGGGUACUUCCCAGGGGUUGAUGGAAAGCACCAAGCACCCUCUGCUGUACUCAUUACAAUUAGGCUCAGCAGGAGCCUCUGACCUUGCAAAUAUCUGGCAGGAGGGUGCUGUGCCCUCCCAGAGAAAGGGAACUGCCUCCCACUGCUGGGAGCGAGCUCUGAUAACCUUGGAGGGCACUGCAGGAUUCCGCCCAGGUGUCCUUCCACAACAGAAGCCACUGGCCUCUCCUGGUCCACACACAAGGUUUGGAGAAGACAGCACAAUCUGUAAAAGGUAACCUGUACUCCUCCUCCUGGGUCUGAGCAAGUUCCAUCUGCACACCUGGGUCUGCUUUACUUCACAGGGAGGAGGACUUUGCUGCCCAUGCACAGGUCUCUGGGGACGGAUGGAGGCUGUGGGUCACUUGCUGUGCAGGAUCUGGCUGUUUUUCUUGCUGUUCUGGCUGGGACAAGGGAGGCGGAUGGCUCCCCCAGGUUUUGUAGAGAGCAGCUGCCGCUCCAGAAUUUUUUGGAUGAAACUGAAUAAACUCUUGCUCCAGGGAAAGUUCUUCCAGCUGGAAAUUUAUGAUCCUUAUUCUGGCCCUGUUCUGCUGGAUGAGAACCUAGCAUCUCGCUGUGGCUAUGUCCUGUCAGAAGACGUGUGGGGCAAUCCCGUCUUCCGCGCUUCAGUGCUCGGCUGUCACGUGGCCAACGAGGCAGAUGAGCUGUUUUCACUGACUGUGAACAUCAAGGUCUCCUCAUUUUCAAGCAUGAGGGCAGCUGUCACCUACACCUACCCUAUGUACUGCUCCUACACUUCCUGGGCUUCAAGAGAAAUUGUGUGCGAAGAAAAUUAUAUGGAGGUGUCAGUGAAGACUGAUGUCCCGGCUGUUUCAAAUGACUACACCGUAGCAUGGAUGUCAGCACUGCCAGAGACUCAAAAUGUUGCAUACCAGCAAUGGCAACUGGUGUUUGUUUCUCCAUCAGGGAGAAAGAGAAUAUCAGUAAGUGAUGCAGUAAAACUGGGCUACAGCUUCAAUAACACCCUGUCCCGAGUGUACCUGCGAGCGCCUUACCACAGCAACGAGUCUGAUGUCAGCGUGGUCAGUGGUGUAAAUAUGAACAUGGUCACUUCCACUUCCAUGUACAGGCAGCGAUGGCUGCUCUUGCUGAUUGACACAACUGUCUCCUGUCCUGUUGAUGGCAUCAGCUUCACCGAUACUAUGCUAACGUGGACUGUGCCAAGAGUUAUCCCCACACUAGUGGUUCAGGAAUCCACCUUUCUGUCUAAAAGCAUUGUAAUGGGAGUGGAUGAUCAAGUCAUAGUAAAUCCAGAGGAGAUGAACUACUCACUGGAGCACAACGAGACACAUAUCAGAAUAACCAUCCCUAUUGGAGCAGAAGGAGGCAAGCUAGAGAGCUCCAUAUCUGGUGGUGUAUAUGGAGUCAUUUACAGUAUUGACCUGUGUCUGGAGCACACGUGGACAGAUGCAGGUUGGCAGACCACGAAGUAUACGGUCAUCAAAUCCAUCACCACACCUUUCAUGCCACAAAUACCAACUGUUAUCAACAAUACUGUGCCAGAGGAACGGCUAUUUAAUGUUGCAUUUGGACACUUUCUUCCUGAUGUCUCUCUGGUGGCAAUCGCAAUAGGAAAUGUGCCAUUUACCCUGAGGGAAGCACAACACCACGGCUUCAGCAUUUAUGAAACUCCCUUUUCUAAUGGAACAAAAGAAUUUAUCCUGGAAGUCUCUUUUGAUGAUCCAUAUGUUCUAAAAGAGUAUGUGAAUAGAAAUGAAACAAAAUACACCCUCCUGGUUAACUACACCCUUAGCGUGGGUCCAGAGAUGACACUCUAUUAUCAUUCAGCAGAGGUGGAGUGUGUGAUUGCUGAUAUUGAAAUACCAGAAGCAGUUGGUGGCUGUGAUGAAGAAAACCUGUAUCUAACCCUGCCCACUUUUGGCUUGCACCAGUACUGGGACCUGUACCUUGGUAACAAGCUCCUGAACAGGCACCUUGCCCUCACCAAUGGGUAUCUUGCAGCUACCAACUCCACACACCUGACCUUGCAAAUACCUCUGUUUGCUGGGGGAGUCAUCUAUAAGGAAGUGUCCUUUCAGAAAAUCAAAGCAAGGUUUGAUGUUGCCCUAAGGAAAGUGAGAACUAUGGAGACCUUACAGAUGUUCUCUGUUAGCUGCAGUUUUAAUUCAUCAGUAUUUAUAAUUUGCCACCCAGAUGGUACCAUAAUGAUAUCUGCCCAGAUGAAGACCGUUCCUGCCAUUGACAUGAGUAAAACCAAGCUAAGGGACAGCUCCUGCAAGCCUAGAGAGUAUAAUGAAGCCCAUGCUUUCUUCAAGUUCCAUGUCACUACCUGUGGCACUUCAGUAAGGUUUGAAGGUGAUCACAUCAUUUAUGAGAAUGAAAUCUCUUAUGAGAAGGAGACUCUUCCAGGACAGAGCAUACCAACAAUCACAAGAGAUCCAGACUACAGACUAACAGUCUUGUGCUACUACCAAGCAAAAGAGACCCUAGUGCUCGGUGCCUUCUCCAGUGACCCAGCCACAUCCUCUCCCUUUGGCUCUGGGACGAUGGUUCCACAAUCAAAUACUGCAGCUUACAGAAGGGUAAGACAAGCUCUGAAUGUAGUUUCAAGAGUGUCCAAAGAUGAAUCCUUCACGGAAUUCUAUGAGCCCAGCAUAGCAAUACUCAAACAACCUGUAGAGCCUGUGUUUCUUGAGGUGGAGCUGAAAGACGAGAGCCCCAGUGUCGAGUUAUACCUGGAAAACUGCUGGGUGGCCAGAUCUCCAGACUUCAACAGCACCCCAAGAUGGAACAUCACUGCAGAUGGGUGUGAGAUUAGUGGCAGUGAGUUUGCUGCAGAGUUCUGCCCGGUACCUGUUAGCUCCAGGGUGAGACACCCUUCUCACUUUAAAAGGCUGGCAGUAAGGACCCUGGCACAGCAACUGGAACAGGUGUAUGUGCACUGUUCAGUGGCAGCAUGCUCUCCUACCAACACACAACCUGGCAGCCCCUGCAGAGGACAGUGCCGCUCAAGCAGGGAGAGGAAGGCCUUUCCAGGUCACCGUUCUGACAGUCUCCAGGGCUAUGUACUUGCUGGACCAGUACGAAUUGUUGCUCCAGAUCUAAGAUGACACACAUAAACUGAAUUUGCACCUGAAGGCUCUGCUGUGCUGGCUGCUUUCCAAACAGUGCCACUGGACACAGGAGCUACUUCUUCCAGGAACCACCAGAACUAUUUGCAUGAAGUUUAAAGACCAGAUGGUGGGACAGCACUGGAAAGUUCUAGAGUCUGCUAACAGGAUCAGUAAAUCUUGCAACCUGUUGCCUCUCUGAAGUGGCUACAAAAGAAAACUUACCAGAAAAUGACCCAAGGCUGUGAAAUAACACUUCUUAUUUCUUCCAGCUGCUGAAAUAUGGGACUUGCAGAUCACUAAAAUUAUUCCAGCCCUGAUUAUGGCUGCUUCUUGUAAUAUUUCAUAAAAUGACUGCCAAUCGUCCCAUCUGAAUGUAAAGUGCAAAUCUGAAAAGUCAAAUAAAAAUACA